ACUUAGGGAUGCUGGGCUGGGGCUGAUGGUGCCUGGGUCAGGCCCCACACAGGAAGGGUGACCAUGAGGCAGAACCGCAGUGGGGUGGAUGCUGGGGACAGUCCCUGGGGCUGGACAGCUCCGGUCCCAGGGGGUUUUGUGCUGCCCUCGUGCCCCAGCACCCACCCACAGGGUUUCGGGUCUGGUCACCACUUCCUUCCUUCCUUCCUUCCCUGGAAAGCUGACGGGGACUUUGGGCUCCACCAAGCACUGAUUCACGUCCCCCUCACCCCGAUUCCUGAAAGUCCGACCCGCUGAGAUGUCAGCUCCGCUCCGGGCUCACCCCCAUGGGCACAAUGCAACAAACCCCCUCCAUGGGCACCGGCUCCAGGAGGGCCAUGGUUUCCAGUGGCUCUGGGGAGGGCACGUGUAGAGUUGGGGGUGUCCUCCCUAUAAACAGGCUCCACUACCAGGGUCCUUUCACACAGCCUGAAGGCAGGACAGGUAGUGCCAGGUCUAAGAGGGGAAGUCACCAUUAGGUUUCAGAGUGAACACCAGCCUCUUGCCAGGCCCUGGGUGAUGCUCACAGAUUGACUACAGCCACCAAUGGGGGGGGGAUCCUUUCCCCAGCUGGAGGUGGGAGCAGCUCCCAGAGCCUGGUGCUGGCUCUGGGGCCCAUCCCAGUGGUCCCUGUCCCCCUCCCCAUGGCCUGCAGGAGGGCAGUGAUGGGACCCAGGCUGGGUGCAGAGCUCAGCGCUGCGCUGGCGUCACCCUGCCCGGAUCCCUGCAUCCCACACCCUGGCCCGUGCCGGGCAGGAGCCGUUCCAGCUGGCACCGACCCAGCAAAUCAUCCUGGAAGCACUUGCGGGAAGCAGCAUGAGCCAAAUCCCCCUGGUCAGCGCCGUGGGGACACAAUGGGGUGGGAGCAGCCGGCCCCGUGCCGGGCUGCCCUGGCCAAUGCUUCCCCGAAGGCGCUGAUCGGGACGGCCCCAGCCGGGGAGGAGGGGGUCAGGCCCCUUGUGCUCAUGUAUGGGGAUGCUGAGCACAGCCCAGCCCUGCAGCACCCAACGAGGCAGGAUCCAGCCCUGCGGCCCUGGGCGAGUGCCUGGCUGGGAUCUCACCUUGACCACCUCCAACUGCUCCCACCACCGGGAAGCUCACACCGUUGUUGCCCGCCCCGAUGCCGCGGUGAGGGGCUCGGGCAGGGGAGGUGCCCACAUGGGCUGGGAAGGGCGCUGAUCCCAAGGGAAUGCCGGCUGUGAAAAGCCACCGUCCCCUUGCCCGGUCACCGGGGAGUGACCCUGCAGUGCUGGGCCCUGGGCGGCGAGGCGAGAGCCGGGUUAAUGUGUCACCGAGCCGCCGGCCCCGCACCGGGCACCCACCGCGGUGCCAGGGCUCCACCGGGCGCCGGCUGCCGCUGCGCUGAGGGGCACCCGCUGCCCACCGGGAAAGCCCCAGGCCAGGAGGGGUGGGCAGCGGCGAGCACCCGCGCCCGGAUUUGCAUGUUGGUGAUUAAGGCAAUGAAGCAACCGGAGCUGUUGCCACAUCGGUGUGAAUCCCCGCGGCCGCUAUAAAUGCCCUGAUCAAUGCCGGGGCAGCAGCUGCAUCGGCCGGGCCACCCUCACGCGCAGGAGGAGACACCGAGCUGGGCACCAUGUGCGCUGUCACCCGCGUGCUGGCACUGCUGCUGUGGGCGCCGUGGCCGGCGCUGCUCGGGGCGCCGCUGGCCGAGCUCUCGGGGGACCAGAGAUUCCUCAUCUUCCUCAGCAACAACCUGGAAUUCACCCGCAAGAUCAAGGGGGACGUGGCCGCGCUGCAGCACGCGGUGUGCGACACCUUCCAGCUGUGCAAGGAGGAAGAACUGCUGCUGCUGCGGCAGGACCUGAGCAUGGCGCAGGUGCCCAUGGAGCGGUGCCACGGCCGCGGCUUCCAGGCGGAAGCCUGCUUCAGCCAGAUCCGAGAGGGACUCCGCACCUACCAAAGCUCCCUCGAUGCUGUCCUGGAGCUGCUGCCCGGGCACGCUGCGCUGGUGGAGAGCGUGCAGCUGGAUGCUGCCAACCUGUCCUCCAACAUCCAGCAUCAGUUACAGAUGGAAGACCUGGGCCUGGCCACGGUGACGUACCCCACGGAGGCCCGGGGUCCCCUGCCCGCCUUCUCCUCCCAUUUCCACCACCAGGUCGGCAGCUUCUUCAUCCUGGCCGACUUCCAGCGGUUCCUGGAGGCCACGUACCGGGCGCUGCGGCACCUCGCACACCUCUGACCCCGGCCCCACACCGCCUCUCCCCAUUUAUUUAUGUCCCAGCCCUGGCGCCCUGCCCGGGAGCUCCCGGCUUUCCCACCUAUUUAAUAUUUAUGGCUAUUUAAGCUCUCUCCGGACGGGAAUGCUGCUCGGCACCGGCCCCACCGCACACGGACCCGUGCGCAGCAUCGCCCUUGUUUAAUAUUUAAACAAAAGUGUAUCUCUGCUACGAGUUGCUGGGCUGAGCCCCCAUGGGCUACCCCAAGGGCUCAGCGCGCUGCAUCCCACAGGAAAACCGCCUUCAUCCAUGGAUGAAGCAGCUUUGGAGCAGCAUUUCCCUGCCUGGGCUGCAGGGACAGACCUGACCGGUGUCACUUCUCGUUGGCAUAGUGACACUGAUAUUUAGUAGUCAUU